CCGAGACAGUCGUUCGAUGCUGGCGUGCUUGCUCGUGUCGGCAGCUGUUGGGCUUGUCGCGAGCUCGGACGUUUGCUCGAUUGGCAGCAGUGCAACCAUGGUCACGACGGAUCGCCUCUUCCGCCACAUCGAGCUCCACGCAGCCAAAGCGGGCGCCUGGGGCCGCGUCCUCGACGCCGGCACGGGCGACCACUCGCUUAACUGGCUCAAGACGCUACCCAUCGACGGCAUUGUUGCCGUCACGGGCGACACGACCCGCGCCGUGGGCCUCCGCGAGAAGUUCCCGCAGCCGCACAUUGAAGUCCUCGCCGGCAACUGGAACGACCCUACCUUUUUGAAGGACCAAGUCUUCGAUGUGAUUGUCGCCGACUACCUCGUGGGCGCGAUCGAGGGUCACGCGCCCUACUACCAGGAUGAGAUCUUUCCUCGUCUCUUGCCGCUGCUGGCGCCUGGCGGCCGGCUUUAUGUAGCGGGUCUGCAGCCCAUUACAAUGAGCGUUCCAAGUGGACGUGUGCUCUCGACCCAAGACAAGCUCGUUUUGGAGAUGGCGCGGACGCGCGACGCAUGCAUCCUCUUGGCCGGCCACCGCACGUACCGCGAGUUUCCUCUGGAUUGGAUCCUGCGCCAGCUCGAGCGCUCGGGGCUCUCCGUCGAGUCGAAGGCGCAGUUUGCCAACGUGUACACAACAGCGACCAUCAAGCGGCAGGUGCAAGUGGGGCGCACGAAGCUGCCACUCGUACAAGACGCCAUGUUGGCCAAGUCCAUGGGCAAGUACCUCGACAAGCUUGACAAGCAAGCCGACGAUGCAACCCGCGACGGGUCGUUUGAGUUUGGCUUUGACUAUGUCGUUGCUGCGUCCAAGCCUUUUGAAUAAACACUCUGAUGC